GGUUUGUGACACAGACAGACUGUCACACAGGUAAAGAUAAACCGAGGUGGGUGGGCCUCAACAUAUGACUUCUGUGUGGGGGUUCAGACAGUGUACGAGCAGAGCAGCAGUGACAGCCCUCGUAAAGGUAGCAGGAGACGGAGUAAGGGGCCACCAGGACUGUGCCGAGGUUUUCUCUGAUAUGGCUACUGUCAGCUCCAGUGCAGGUGAGUUCAUCUUCAAAAUUAUGUUUACUAUUUUUUUUUUCAUAUUACGAUUUCCCCGACAACACGGCGACGGAGGGAGACCUGCAGUGUUCUUCCUCCUGAAAACAGAUAUAGGAGGGUCAGUGAGGAAGGUGACGUUAUGUGAGACCUCCAUAGGCAUCAACCUCGCCAAGCGGAGCCGGGCCUAUCCGUCGCCGGCCAGAAGACGACACCGCACCACCUUCAGCCACAAGCAGCUAGAGCAGCUGGAUGUGGCCUUUGGACAAAACCAGUAUCCCGACAUCUUCUACAGAGAGGAGCUUGCUCACGUCACCAAGCUCAACGAGGCUCGCAUACAGCAGGUCUGGUUUCAGAACAGAAGAGCCAAACAGCGGAAGCAGGAGCGGGCCUCCCAGAAGGUCCUCCCAGUGGCUGUGAUGCCGUGCCACAGAGUGAUGCUGGGCGGCGUGCACGUCCAGCCACCCGGCAUGACUCGGCAGUACUACACGCAGCCCCUGACUCACAUCCCCUGCCUCCCCCCCAUGCUUCCCUCUGGGGCGUACUCUUGCCACCCGGGCCCGGUGGGCCCUUGCCCCUGCUCCAGCGUCCCGCCACAGCCGGCCACCCAGCGGCAGCAUGAGGACUGGUACGGCCCGCUGAGGAGCGGCCUCACCUCACCCAUGCUCUCGCUGGCCCCCAUGCAGCCUCUGGACCCCACCUUGCACUGGAGCUAAGAAGUAACAGAGGCCAAUUAAAAAAAUUAAUAAAAGAAAAUCGAGUGAUCAUGUUAUGCAUUCACACACAUUUUUACUCAUUUUAGUGUGAACAUUUACUUUAAUUUUGUUCUCCUCCAUCCACUAACACUAACAGUGAGUACACUGCUACGGCUUACACGUCAGUGGACAUACUUUGUUAUUUUCUUCAUUGCAAUUUACAGCAAUGCCAAAAUGUUUAGUCUUUUAUCUGAUGCGUGUGUACAAUCCUACACGCUUUGGGGGCAAUGCCAAUUUACCCAAUGUAUAUCACUGAAACAUGAUAAUCUAAAAAAAAACGUAUUCAGUACAUCAAAAAAAUAAAGAUUCCAAAUAUUCUUCACAAUCAAUUAAAAGAAAAAAACUUCACACAUCUGUAGAAUAGUUUUUAAUAUUUCACAUUCCAGAAACAAUGCAGUUGCAUUCGUUGUGCUUUCAGUUUUGUUUAAUAUAUAUAUUAUAUAUAUAUAUAAAUAAUCAACAACGUGAACUGAUUAAAGAAUCAACACUGGAUGGCAAAAAUAUGGAUCCCAUCAAUCCAUCCCAAAGACAUGAAUUCAACAAACACAUAAGAGACCAGACACGUUUUAUCCAUUUUGAAAAAUAAAAAAGGUAAUGAUGAGUGGCAAACAUACAUCAGCUUGGAGUGGCAGCAGAGUCAACUAGUGUGCUU